AUGGCGUCGUACUACGCGAACACGGCCAAGGGCGAGGCGGGCGCGGCGCUCGACGCGCGCUACGCCGAGAUCAAGGCCGCCCAGGCGAAGCAGCAGGCGCACUACGCCAACUGGCUCGCGAGCGGCACGGUGAACUGCGGCGCGCUCGAGGAGACCGCCGCGUCCCUCGGCCUGUCCCUCGACGUCGCCACGGGCCGCAUCUCCUACGCGCCGACCUUCCAAAAGCCGGACCUCGGCGCCGAGCUCUGGUACUGCCGCCACGGCAAGACGGGCGGCAACACGGAACCGCGCGUCUACCAGGGCUACGUCGACGAGCCGCACAACGCGCUCAACGCCAUCGGCAAGCAGCAGGCCGAGGACGCGGCGGACAAGCUCGAGACGCUCGGCGUCAAGCCCGACCUCGUGGUCCUCGACGUUGAAUCACCCUUGUCCUGCCCAGGCGCGGCGGACACGGGCAAGGCGUUCCUCCGGCGCAACGGCUCGGACCGCGUCGCCGUCGAGACGUGGCCGUCGUCCGCGGAGAUGCAGUUCGGCGACUGGGACAACAUGAUGGUCAAGGACAUGCCCACGGAGAGCAUCUGCCACCUCUUCUACCUCGCGCAGAACGCCGUCGUCAAGUCCGCGGGCCGCUACGUCGACCCCGCGUCCGGCGGCGCGGUGCCCGGCGAGAACUUCGUCGAGUGCCUCGCGCGCAUGGCCGGCGUGCUCAAGAGCGUGCAGGGCGCCCUCGCCGCGCUGCCGAGCAAACACGGGCCCAGGCCCGUCGCGCUCCUCUACGGCCACUCCAUGGCCGGCGCCGCGCUCUCCAUCCUCACGGGCAACGGCAAGACCGUCGACGGCGAGUCGUUCCUCGGCUUCGACGGCAAGUACAUCAUGCCCAACGCCACGCCCGUCCAGCUGCUCUAG